CUGCUAAGAGCGAGCGCGCACGCGUGAGAGUGUGUGUGUGAGCGCAGUGAGCUGACACACACAGGAUUAAGCUUCUGCUCCUCUCAGUCGGUGUUCAGACGUCUUCAGAUGAGCAGCGUCUCCAGCGUCUCCUUAUGAUCCUUCAGCUGGUCUUCAGGCUUCUGCAGGAUGGAGAGUUUGAGGAACACACACACUCUUCUGCUGCUGCUGCUCUCUCUGUGCAUGUCUACAGGGACUCAUGUCUACACCCUGAACGGCUCUGACCCCGAGGGUGACCCUGUGACCUUUGGUGUGACCUUUGAUAAGGGCUCUAAACAGUUCUUCAGUGUGGAGCCCAAAUCUGGCAGAGUGACCCUGGUGGAGCAUCUGGACAGAGAGCUUCAGGACGAGAUCAUCGCAUCAGUGAGCAUCACAGACGGCAGAAACAAGGUUGUGGAGAGCGUGCGAGUGUUCAUCACAGAUGUGAACGAUGAGAAGCCGGAGUUCAUGAACCUGCCGCUGCGAGUGGACGUCCCGGAGGACGUGGCAUCCGGCUGCAGCAUCUUCAGGGUCCAGGCCGUGGACAGAGACCUUGGCUCUGGAGGAAGUGUCUCCUACUUUCUGCAGUCGUCUCCUGAUGGUCUGUUCAGCAUUGACGGUCACAGUGGUGUUCUGCGGGUCAGGGAGCGGCUGGACUUUGAGACGUCACGGACACAUUUCAUCACUGUGGUGGCAAAGGACGGAGGCGGUAAAUAUCAUGGUAAAUACCAGGUGUUGAGCUCCACCGCUGUCAUUACCAUACAUGUGCAGGACGUCCAGGAUUCUCCUCCAGUGUUUGUUGGCACUCCAUAUUUUGGGUUUGUCUAUGAAGUCUCUGUCCCGGGUUCAGAGAUUUUUACUGUUUUUGCGAAGGAUGGAGACCAGAGCAGCCCCAACCCUAUUCAUUACUCCAUCCUGAACGGCAGUGACGGCUUCUUCAGCAUCAACAGCUCCAGCGGCUGCAUCAGUCUGGUCUCGUUUCCUGUUCAGCUGAGGAAUGAGUUGUACGAGCUCAGAGUGCAGGCUGCAGAGGUCGGAGCUGAUGGAGUGCUUGCAGACUCCUCCAUCACCACCGUCACCAUUCGGGUGGUGGAUCUGAACAAUCAUCCACCCACAUUCUACGGAGAAAGCGGCCAGCAGAACCACUUCGACAUCAGCAUGUAUGAACACCCGGCAGAAGGAGAAAUCCUGCGCGGACUAAAGAUCACUGUCAACGACUCCGACCAGGGGGCAAAUGCUAAAUUCCGUCUUGUGCUGGUGGGACCAUCUCGGGUUCUCCGUGUGGUUCCUCAGACGGUCCUGAAUGAAGCCCAGGUCACGGUCAUCGUGGAGAACUCCAGCGCCAUCGACUACGAGAAACACCAGUUCUUAACCUUUAAGCUGUUAGCAGUAGAGAUCGACACUCCGGAGCGAUUCAGUGCCACCGCAGACAUCGUGAUCAAUCUUCUGGACACAAACGACAACACUCCUAAGUUCUCCUCUGAGUUCUACAUCGCCAGGAUUCCUGAAAACUCUCCUGGAGGCUCCAAUGUGGUCUCCGUGACCGCGACUGACCCGGACUCAGGCCUGUGGGGUGAAGUCAAAUACUCCAUCUACGGCUCCGGAGCGGAUCUGUUCCUCAUCCAUCCCUCGUCCGGCAUCAUCUACACGCAGCCCUGGGCCGCUUUAGAUGCCGAAGUCAAGUCCAAAUAUAAUUUCUAUGUAAAAGCUGAAGACACCGAGGGCAAGUACAGCCUGGCGGAGGUUUUCGUGACAGUUCUCGACCAAAACGACCAUCCGCCAGAGUUCAACGAGAACUUCCUGGAGAAGACGAUGAUCAUCGGCGCUCCGGUGAAAAUACAGGCGGUGGACGAGGACGCAGAGGAGCCCAAUAACCUGAUCGAGUACUCCAUCAUGAAAGCAGAUCCAGACAACAUCUUCGACAUCAACACGUCCACGGGCGAGAUCAAGCUCAAACCCUACAUCAAGAGUCUGGAGAUCGUGCAGAACAUCAGUAGGCAGAGGGAGUGCCGCUGGUCCGUGGUGGUGCAGGCCCGAGACCGCGGAUCUCCAUCCUUCAGCACCACUGCGGUCGUGAAGAUCGACAUCACGGAGGCGAACCGCUUUAACGGGCCCAUGUCUACGUUCCUGAAGCAGAGCCGGGAGAACCCGCUGCAGGUGCUGGUUCUGGCGCUCAGCGGCAUCACUGCGAUGGUUCUGCUGACGGUUCUGAUCUCCACCAUCAUUUACUGCCGCAACACAAAGUCCAACCGCAUCAUGCCGGCGCGCCGCAUCAUCCGCAGGAGAGCCAAAGAGGCGCAGCACUGGAGCUUCAGACCUGCGUUUGGGCAGACGGAGCCCGGCCCGGCAGUUCCAGAAGAGGAGGAAAGUGGAGGAAACCAGAACACCAACAACAACAGCAGCAGCCCCGGAGCCCACUCACCCACACCCGGAGCGCCUGCACCACCACCUAGAGCCCCAGCACCCAGAGCCCCUGCACCCACGCCCGCACCCAGAGCGCCUGUUCCUGCCCCCAGAGUUCCUGCCCCCAGAGCCCCAGUCCUACCAUGCUCGCCGGCGGCAUCCAGUGAGCAGCUCCGGCCCGUGCCCACAGUGUCGGGCGCGGUGGCCUGCAGCUCCAGCAGGGAGGGCACCGGCGGCAUCGGAUCGGCUCUGGUGUCGGAGCUGAAGAUGAGGAUCGAGCAGAAGAUCAUCGAGGCCAAUCAGAGCUACUAUUACUGACAGCCCUGAGCAGGAGGUUCUGAUGGACCUUAAUGUUGAACAAGUGUUUCUUCUACUGUCAGUGUGUUUCAGUGGACGUCUGCUUCAGCUCAGUGUUUCUGCUGUCAUAAUGGCGUACGGUCACUCAGCGUCUGGAGUAUAUUCACACCAGAAGAGUUAAGCACCUCGCCAAUACAGCUCUGUGUGUGUGUGUGUGUGUGUGUGUGUGUGUGUGUGUGUGUGUGUGUGUGUGUGUGUGUGUGUGUUUGUUUGUUUGUUUGUUUGUUUGUUUGUUUGUUUGUUUACUGAAGGCAGUGAGCAGAAUGCUGUUUACUCCAGUAAUGCACAGAGCUGAGCUUCUUAGAGCUGUCUUGCGUUAGUUCCAGUGAUGCAGAACCCCUGUGUAAUCUCAUUAUUAGCACCACUCCGCCAUCUUUAGGAUCCUUCAUUUAGACUGAACAGGAAGUGGAAUCUGUUGUCCAUCUGUGAUUGGCUGAUUCUCCACUGCGUCUUCUGCCUUGAGGAUCUACAGUGAACGUCUUCUGACCGCAUUAACAGACUCUCGUUCAGAGCUAUUGCUGUCAAACCUUUUUUAUUCUCAUUAUUGUAAUCACUAUUAUCUGUUGUUUUGUAAAGAGUUUUGCACUGAUGUUUGAACAGAACUGUAGGAUGGGCUGAGCGUGCAGGCGAGCGUGUGCUGAUGCUGUAGCUGUUGAUCAUGUGUCGUCUGUGCUGUAAACUCAGUUACUAAUAAAACCUUUUCAAGUGUUCUUUAAUAAGA